AUGCGUUUGCAAACCUUUGUCUUUCUUUUAUUUAUAGCAGUAGGCGGCAUAAGCUGCAGCAAAAAGCAGAGUGAAGAAUCAAUCGACAUUCGAAGAAGCAGUCAGAAUGAGCUAAUAAAUCGUCAAACAAACAAUAAUGAUGCGUUCGCUUUAAAUAACAGUGAAAUUCAUAACAUGAACGAUAACAACAAUCUCUUAGACAGUGUUGUUAUCAUAAGCAAUAGCUCUAAUUGGGAAACUGUGGUUGACUCUAGCGAGAGCAAUAAUAUCAGUGAGAACACUAGUGAUGAUCACAACGAAGUGAUUUUCACAGAUGCUCCGCCGAGUUCAUACAGAAAGCUGCCGCGCCAUCAGAGAGCGAUUGCCGCAGUUGCUGAGAACAGAGGAUUGCUAAAGAACUCAGAUGGUGAGCGUAUUCUACGGCGUGGCAAAAGAUACUUGGAAUUUGCCAAGGGUUCACGUGUUUCGUGGCGCACAAAUGGCAAAAAUAAUAUCUUAAACGUCAAUACUCUUUGGGCUUAUGGUUAUGGAUUUCGUGUUAAUUUUCCCUUUCCCGGUCCUGAUGAGUCACGCCGUAAAUACUUUAAACGCGAUGUGCUACACUCACUCGAGGAUGUCCUAAAUGGACAUGGCUUGGAUGGACGCGCAUGCGUGUUGAAGUCAUACUGUACAGCAGUUUUGGAUGUGGACUCAAACAUUAGUGGCGGUAUGCUGUUUAAAAUGCUGAAGCUGAUUUUUACCCUGCAUGACCAUGACAAACGCCACUUCUCCUAUCUACGCCUGGAAAAUUGCAAACAAAUUUUACACAGCCAUUGUCCCCUGAGCUUCGACAGCAUAUCGCCGUACACCGAUGAUGUUUGA